AUGUCCAGUGUUGGUGGGGACGCUAGUGGAGGGAAAGGAGGCGAGGGUGCUGUCUCGAACGGCCCGUUCAGCUUCAGCCCGGAACCCACGCUCGAGGACAUCCGCCGCCUCCAUGCUGAGUUUGCUGCUGAGCGAGACUGGGACCAGUUCCAUCAGCCUCGGAACCUCCUCCUGGCCUUGGUGGGGGAAGUAGGGGAGCUGGCAGAGCUCUUUCAGUGGAAGCCUGAUGAGCUGGGACCCCAAGCUUGGUCUACCAAGGAGCGGGCAGCCCUACAGGAGGAGCUUAGUGACGUCCUCAUCUAUUUGGUGGCAUUGGCAGCCCGCUGCCGGGUGGAUUUGCCCCAAGCAGUGCUCUCCAAGAUGGACACCAACCGGCAACGUUACCCAGCGCAUCUGUCUCGGGGCUCUUCCUGCAAGUAUACGGACUUGCCCCAUGGGGCUGUCUCUGAAACCCAGACAGUGGGACCUACAGACCUUGUCCAUGAGUCCACAGGCCAGGCCUCCACGUAA